AUGGCAGGCACCUACGUCAAGCCCACAGACAGGAAGCUCGGGGAGGACGGCGGCGGCGAGGCGGCUCCCAUCCACCGCAUACGCAUCACCCUGACCUCCACCAAGGUGAAGUCUCUGGAGAGCGGUGAGUGGGUGCUGAGGAGGAGCCCGCCGACGCGGCGUGUGGCAGCCGGGGGGCGGCGGCCGCUGUGCAUCAUGUGCCAAGUGUGCUCCACGCUGGUGCAGGGCGCCAAGGAGAAGGGGCUCAAGGUGAAGGGCCCCGUGCGCAUGCCCACCCGACACCUGGUGCACACCACGCGGCGCGCGCCCAGCGGCAACGGGACCAACACGUUUGAUCGUUUCGAGAUGCGCGUGCACAAGCGCCUCAUCGACCUGCACUCCCCUGCCGACGUUGUUCGCUCCAUCACGGCAAUCGCUGUCGACCCGGGGGUUGAAAUCGAGGUCACCAUCGCCGAUUUGUGA